AUGUUACUGCGCGCACUCCGCCGUACAACCGCCAUAGCGGCCUCAGCCGCCGCCUCUUCGACCCUCACAAAACCACCUCAUUCCUACCUCUCCAUUUCUCGCCCCUUCUCUGCAAACACCACGAAAGCCAACCUUACAAAGGCCAAAAAAUCGAAAUCCAAAUCAGACGGAAAAGAAGAACUCCAGGUGACGGACACGGAGUUCUUCGUCAAGCAAGACGAGGAGCUUCGCCGCCGCCAACUCGCCGAGGAUGAAAAUAAUCCCGCACUCGACGUGGGGCCCAAUGGCCGACCACUCUUCACUUCCACCCCUUCCAUCUCUUUGCUCACCAAAAAGGACGCCUGCUCUUACAUGAAAUUCAGUGUGGAGGAGUUGAAUAAGGUGUUGCCAGAGGGGUUGCCUAUGGGAAUGGUGAAGGAAUUUGAGGAGUCUAGCAGGAGCGCGUUGUUGAUACGUCAGAGUUUUCUUGAUCUCCGUGACAAUUUCAGGCGGGCUGUGGAUCCUUCAUUGUUGGUUGGCUCUAAAGGUUCCAAAGUUCAAAAGCAAAUUGUAUUGGAUGGUCCUAUGAGUUGUGGGAAAAGUAUUGCACUAGCUAUGCUUGUUCACUGGGCCCGUGAGGAAGGUUGGCUUGUGCUUUAUGUGCCCAGUGGUCGAGAGUGGACCCAUGGAGGACUUUUUUACAAAAAUCCUCAGACUGGUUUGUGGGACACUCCUGUGCAGGCAGCAACCAUUCUGCAGGAUUUCUCAAAAUACAACGAGUCCCUCUUGAAAAAGUUAAAGUGCAAUACUCUUGAUCCCAUUCCAUUGGGGGAGGGUGCUGGUGUUGGAUGGCCGAAGGGUAUUGACAAAAUGCAAAUUUCGGAAGAUUCUACACUGUAUGAUCUUGUUCAAGCAGGUAUCAAUAACUCACAUGCUGCUGUUGGAGUGGUAGUUCGUUUGAGGAAGGAAUUGUCAGAUGUGAAAGAUACUCCUGUUCUUAUUGCAAUUGAUCAAUAUAACAGCUGGUUUACAUUUAGUGAGUAUGAGGAGCCAGUAACAGUUCGUUCCUGCCGACCUGUUCAUGCUAGAGAACUUGCAACUGUGAAUGCGUUCAGGUCGAUGCUUCAUGAGAAUGACAUGAUGGUGGGUGCCUUUUCUCAUUCAACUGCAGUAGGGAAACUUCGGCAACAAUUACCAGAUGUUCCCACUGAUGCUCGCAUCAAUUUUCCUCGGUACAAUUUGGAUGAAGCUGCUUCUGUUUGCCAUUACUAUCUAAGGCAAAGACUAGUAAGCCAUGAUGCAUUUUCGGAGGAAAACUGGAAGAAGAUAUACUAUUUGUCCAAUGGAAAUGGAACAGAGAUGAGAUACUUGGUUCCUUUCAUGCGGUAA